AUGGAGGAGUUGUUGAGCCUGGAGGCGAUUUUCGAUCGUCGGAACAGAGGAGAUUUUCGACUAUGGACGAGCCUGGAGGAGAUUGUCGAUUUUUCGGAGCCUGGAACAAUUAUUGAGACUAUUGCAACGGUUCAGUUGCUAAGUGUCCCGGUAGUUCCAACAAUUGUUUGUAACAGUUAUAACCGUAACAAUAGAAUACCUAUAGCAACGCAUCUCUCCGGAUGGAAUCCUUUAUAUUGUGAUUUCUUUAGACUGCUUCCCAAACUAAAGAAGUUGAAGAUAUGUGGUAGCGAAGAAGACUACAGGCGUAGUUGUCAAAAGAACUCUCUUCAUGAUCUUUGGUAUUUAGAUCACCUCGAGAAAUUGAAUUUUCGUGUUGAUAUGAAAUUUCAGGAACAUUAUCCCUAUAAUAGUCCAGUUGCUUUUUGUGCAUACUACUCCCAAAUAUUGUUUCUUCCUCCUCCAGAUGCUUUUCCACAAUACCUUAAGAUAAUGACUUUUAGUGGAGAGUUUUUCUUGCCGUGGAAGGAUUUGAGCAUUGUUGGUAAGUUGCCCAAACUCGAGGCCCUCGAAAUAGAAUAUAAUCCCUUCAAAGGCGACGAGUGUGAAGUAAUUGAACAAGGUUUUCCCAGCUUGAAAUUCUUGCAAUUGGGAUUCUUGAACAUCAAGUACUGGAGAACCAGUAGUGAUCACUUUGCGUGCCUUCAAAUACUAACCAUUUUAGGUUGCAAGUAUUUGGAUUCAAUCCCUCAAGAUUUUGCAGAAAUAACCACACUUGAGGUAAUUGAUACAUGGGGCUGUGCAAAAUCUGUUGGGAAUUCUGCCAAGCAGAUUUAG